ACCAUUCUUUGGCGAAGGCUGUCCCCCAGUGGUGACCUAUUCCGAUCGAAGACUCUACAAAUUAUCAUCUCUGGACUCCCAGCUGACACCCUGCCGGAGGCAAGAGCUGCUAAGCCAACUGGAACUGUGCCUUUUCUGUUGUCAAGGUUUUUUUCUUACACAGGGAAAAGAAAGAAAAAAAAAAAAAAGAUGAAGUUGGGCAAAGCGGAGCUCUGCCAUUUGCUGCAGCUAAUCGCUCUUUUCCUGUGCUUUUCUGGGAUGAGUCAAGCGGAACUCUCAAGGUCCAGAUCAAAGCCCUACUUCCCAUCAGGGAGGCCCCGGACCAAGCGCAGCUGGGUGUGGAACCAGUUCUUUGUGCUGGAGGAGUACAUGGGUUCAGACCCUCUCUAUGUAGGAAAGCUUCACUCCGAUGUUGAUAAAGGAGAUGGUUCCAUCAAAUACAUCUUGUCAGGCGAAGGGGCAAGUUCCAUUUUCAUUAUUGAUGAGAACACUGGGGACAUUCAUGCCACCAAGAGGCUGGAUCGUGAGGAGCAGGCCUACUACACACUCCGAGCCCAGGCGCUGGACAGGCUCACCAACAAGCCCGUGGAGCCCGAAUCUGAGUUCGUCAUCAAGAUUCAGGACAUCAACGACAACGAGCCCAGAUUCCUGGACGGCCCGUACACAGCCGGAGUUCCCGAGAUGUCUCCUGUGGGGACCUCAGUGGUACAAGUGACAGCGACGGAUGCUGACGAUCCUACUUAUGGCAACAGUGCCCGAGUGGUCUACAGUAUCCUGCAAGGACAGCCAUACUUCUCAGUGGAACCCAAGACAGGAGUCAUCAAGACCGCCCUCCCAAACAUGGAUAGAGAGGCUAAAGACCAGUAUUUGCUUGUUAUUCAGGCAAAGGAUAUGGUUGGUCAAAACGGAGGACUCUCAGGAACCACGUCAGUCACCGUGACCCUAACUGAUGUCAACGAUAACCCCCCUCGCUUUCCUCGGAGAUCUUACCAAUAUAAUGUCCCAGAAUCACUGCCGGUGGCCUCUGUGGUGGCCAGAAUUAAAGCUUCCGAUGCGGAUAUAGGAGCUAAUGCUGAAAUGGAAUACAAAAUUGUGGAUGGUGAUGGAUUAGGGGUUUUCAAGAUUUCUGUUGACAAAGACACACAGGAAGGAAUCAUUACUAUACAAAAGGACCUGGACUUUGAAGCCAAAACGAGUUAUACACUGCGGAUAGAAGCUGCAAACAAAGAUGCUGACCCUCGUUUUCUAAGCUUGGGGCCGUUCAGCGACACCACGACUGUGAAGAUAAUCGUGGAAGAUGUGGAUGAGCCCCCUGUGUUUUCCUCACCCCUGUACCCCAUGGAGGUGUCAGAAGCUACCCAAGUUGGGAAUAUCAUCGGCACUGUAGCAGCUCACGACCCAGAUUCUUCCAACAGCCCUGUGAGGUAUUCAAUCGACAGAAACACAGACUUGGAGAGAUACUUCAAUAUUGAUGCCAACAGUGGAGUUAUUACAACUGCCAAAUCUUUGGAUCGGGAGACAAAUGCUGUUCAUAAUAUCACAGUCCUUGCAAUGGAGAGCCAGAAUCCAUCUCAAGUAGGCAGAGGCUACGUGGCCAUCACUAUCCUGGACAUCAACGACAAUGCCCCUGAGUUCGCGAUGGACUAUGAGACCACCGUCUGCGAGAAUGCCCAGCCAGGGCAGGUUAUCCAGAAAAUCAGUGCCGUGGACAAAGACGAGCCUUCCAGUGGACACCAGUUUUAUUUCAGCCUAACUACUGACACCACGAACAACCACAACUUCUCACUGAAAGACAACAAAGACAACACGGCCUCGGUCCUGACCCGGAGAAACGGCUUCCGGAGGCAGGAGCAGUCGGUGUACUACCUGCCCAUCUUCAUCGUGGACAGCGGCUCGCCUUCGCUCAGCAGCACCAACACGCUCACCAUUCGCGUCUGUGACUGCGACGCGGACGGCGUGGCGCAGACCUGCAACGCGGAGGCCUACGUGCUGCCCGCGGGGCUCAGCACCGGCGCGCUGAUCGCCAUCCUGGCCUGCGUGCUCACCCUGCUGGUGUUGAUCCUCCUGAUCGUCACCAUGAGACGACGGAAAAAAGAGCCGCUCAUUUUUGAUGAAGAGAGAGAUAUCAGAGAGAACAUCGUUCGCUAUGAUGACGAGGGUGGAGGGGAGGAGGACACAGAAGCCUUCGACAUGACGGCACUGAGAAACCUCAACGUCAUCAGAGACACCAAGACCCGCAGGGACGUGACUCCAGAGAUUCAGUUCUUGAGUCGACCGACUUUUAAAAGCAUCCCGGAUAAUGUCAUCUUCCGGGAAUUUAUUUGGGAAAGACUGAAGGAGGCCGACGUUGACCCCUGCGCGCCGCCCUACGAUUCCUUGCAGACCUAUGCGUUCGAAGGGAAUGGCUCAGUAGCGGAGUCGCUCAGCUCCUUAGACUCCCUCAGCUCAAACUCUGAUCAGAACUACGACUACCUGAGUGACUGGGGGCCUCGUUUUAAACGACUCGCAGACAUGUACGGGACUGGCCAGGAGGGUUUGUACUCAUAGCCCUGGAACCCCCCAUUUGAAAUGGACCGAAGAAAAAGGAAAAGCAAAAACAGAAAAACAGAAACCAACACUACAUCCAGAAAACAGGAACUCCACUUGCCAGAGAAAACGGUUGUAAAUAUUUCUCCAUUUUUAAUUGUUUAGGUUUCUGCCUUGGUGAAGCGUAUAUUCAUGAGAUUAAUCCAAGGGACUGCACUGACCACAGACUCUGAGCAUUUGCAGGCUUUUUGAUAAAAAGAAAUGCUCAGUGGUUUGUGAAUAGAUAGCAACUCUCAGAUACCUGCAAAGGCACCUGACCUUCAUGAGUAGUGCCCUGUGUCGUCAGUGAACCAAGGAUGCCCUGUACACACCUUCAUGGUACUUGCCAGACACAAGACUAGAACCCGAUGUGCCAUUGAAAAGUCCCAGAACUUCUUGCGUAUCAAAACUUGGGACGAAUUGAAUUUAUAGUGAUGCUUUUAGCUUGCUAGAUUAGAGAAUCCAGCAGAAUUUUAUCGCUAUGGGUUGGCAAAUAUAUUUUAUUUAGCCAUAAAUAAAUUCUUAGAAAAUCCUCCCCAAUCCUCCAAGUUAAGCCGAUAAAAUUUGGGUUAAGGCAACAUAAACCAUUGUUUAGAAAUAAAUAUGAAGUGUUCCAAAGGAAGAAAAGGUAAAUCAUUCUUUAAGUGUGCCAUCGUUUUGAGAUGCUUGUGUAGGUAUGAAAAAAAGUUGCUGUCUAUUCGUUGAUUUUUCACUAUCUCUUCUGAUUUAUACAGGAGAAUAUCUUUUUUUUUUUUUUUAUUUGACACAUGGUGUUAUAUUUAUUUUGGAGCUCCAAUCUCCACUAAAUUCAGGUCCAUCUUACUGCCUCACAGUAUUAAGCUCGUCAGAACAUGCUGAGUUUUCUCCUGUCUGAGCUACAUGAAGGAAAUGAAGCAUGGAAAUGGAGAACAAAACAGCAGAGAAUUGAGCCCUGUUGCAGUUUACGUCUCAGAGAGGAGCACAGCUACAAGGAGAGAGGAGUUGUUUGGUCUGAGCCAUCGGAAUGUACAAGACAUUGGAAUAAAAUAUUUGUAUUUUAGAAAGAAGAUUUCAGAGAGAGUCGAGAUGUUCUUUGAUGCAAGAUUUAUUUUUCAAGGUCACAAAUUCUAUAUGUUCCAAAGACUUUUGAGAAUUUGUUUUACCCCCAGCCUCUUUUGCUGUAAACAUAUUGAAUAAAAGACUGGUUAUAUAUAUAUAUGUGUACCUUAAAUAAUGUCAUGUUGUAAAUUUCAAAACCCAUCUUUAAAUUUCAAUGCAAAUAUGUUCCUCGAGAAUAAACCUGGCAAUGUGCACAUUCUACACUGGUUUACAUGUGCCAAAAUGAGGAGAGCAGUUUCAAGUGAUCGUGUAUUUAAGUUUGAGAUGAGCUUCUUCAAAUGAAGAAUUUUAUGGCUAAAACAAUAUUUCUACUUAUUUUCUUCCUAGAACAAUACUAGUUUAAUGUGCAUAUAUUCAAGUAAGAGUGGAUUUUUGUUCUUUCUUUUCUUCUUUUAAAAGGAAUUGUAGUUGGGUUCCUAAUAAAUCUACAGAGAGUGGACACUGUAUAGGAAAUUAUGUUCUAAAAGUGCUCCUUUCUGAAAGACAAACACUGGGACUAGAAUAUCGAUAUUUUGAUGACACAGGAGAAACUUUGUAGGACUCUGUAAGC